AUGAUUUUUUUUGUAUGAAGGGCAUCAGAGUAUCCAGAGGAGUAUGAUGGUGGGUGCGUGCAGAUGAGAUUAUCUUACAGCCCCGCGGCUCAUCUCUUUCUCUUCCUUCUUCAGUGGACGGAUUGUCAUUUCGCUGGCGCUCUUGGAUUGCUUAGGAUCCUUAUUUAUAAGGCAUAUGUUGAUGGGAAAACCACAAUGUCGCUACAUGAACGCAAAGCUAGCAUCAGAGAAUUCUAUGAUGUGUUGUUUCCUUCGCUAUUGCAACUUCACGGAGGGAUAACCGAUGUAGAAGAAAGGAAACAGAAGGAGAUAUGCGACAAAAGAUACCGGAAAAAGGACAGAACAGACAAAGGGAAGAUGUCAGAGAUCGACUUGGAGAGGGAAGAAGAGUGUGGCAUUUGCUUGGAGGUUCGGAAUAAAGUUGUUCUUCCUACUUGCAAUCACUCCAUGUGUAUAAACUGCUACAGAAACUGGCGUGCACGGUCACAGUCGUGCCCGUUCUGUAGAGGCAGCUUGAAAAGGGUGAAUUCUGGUGAUCUGUGGAUUUACACUUCGAGCAAAGAGAUUGCGGAUAUACCAGCGAUUUACAAGGAGAAUCUGAAGAGGUUGUUGAUUUACAUUGACAAGUUGCCUCUCGUUGCUUCUGAUCCAAAUCUAGGCUCUUAUGCUCCUCUUGCUCGGUGAACAGUUCACUCUCUCUCUAUAUUUCUUCUAGUUAUGCACAUAGCAAUAUUACAUCAUCUCUUUGUGCCCACUUUGUAUAUAACAACAUUUUAUGUGUUUUCUCUCUUUCUGUUUCUGCCUUUUAAGUUAUUUUUUAUUCAGCUCUCUACAGUCUCUGGUUUGGAUUUUGUGUAUAAAAACAAACCACCUUUGGUUAACCACAUUGAUAGAUCUCGAUAAUUUGUUGA